AUGCCUAACUCAGAAUUGGAAGACAUCCUCGUAGUCGGUUUUGGUGCAGUUGGAGCGAUCUGUUCCCUCAUUCUCAAAACUAGCGGUCUUGUUCGUGUCACUGUGGUAGCGCGUAGUAAUUACAAUGCUGUAAAUGAGUCUGGGGUUCGCUUUGAAAGCAAUAAGUAUGGCACUUUUGAAGGAUGGAGGCCUGACCGAUUGUGCAAAUCUGUAGAGGAGGCCGCAGACAGAUCCUACACAUAUGUAUUAAUCACCACGAAAGCAAUCCCCGAGUUGGUCAAAACAUCUCAUGUCCUGGCUCCAUUUCUUUCUGCCAAGUACAACGACCAGUUUUCGCAGCCUACGUAUGUACUGCUGCAAAAUGGUCUUAACGUUGAGAUCGAACUUUACGAGUCGCUAAAGGCUCUCGGCAAAGGAGAUCCUCGUAUUAUUUCGACUGGCGUCUGGAUUAGCUCCAAUCUUAUAGCUCCAAAUGUCGUUGAACAUAACGGCGCUUUCAAUCGUCUUGCUCUAGGAAUGUAUCGGCCAAACGAUUUCACAACAAUGGUCAACACAGCCGAAGAGGCGGCAUUACUAUCAGGGUUGGCUUCCAAGGUCGAAGCUGGUGGGGGUAUAGCAACGAUCCAUCCUGAGAUUCAAAGAGUAAAAUUUAUGAAAAACUUUUGGAAUGUUGCCUUCUCGUCAUUCUCGACACUCACACGAUACACCCUGCCUGCAAUUUUUCGACCUCCUCCCAGUAAUACCUCAGAGGUUUAUCAGCCAUUUCUGGCGCCUCAAACCUCGGAACUCAUCCAUCAAUUCACCAUCCCCUCUAUUCAAGCUACAUUAGACGAGCUCGUUGUCUUAGCACGCGCACUUGGUUAUCCAGACUCUGAGGAUGGAAUACCAUCGACACUUCCAAAACAUGUGAUGGAUGUUACAGGGCCGGUUCAUGCUAGGCCAGACAGCAAUCAUGCACCAAGCAUGAUGUUGGAUGCCGAAAAAGGCCUCCCCAUUGAAGUCGAGGUGAUUUUUGGCGAAGUCGUACGAAUGGCAAAGGAAAGAAACGUGCAAAUGCCUCGAGUCGAAACCCUGUACGCCCUCCUGCUGGUCGUUCAAAACCAGAUUCUUCGAAAAAUAGAAGCUGAGAAAGCAAGCAGUCUCUAG